AUGGAGGGAAAUGCCCAUCCUUGCCAAUCGUCGCCCGAUCGAGAUCAAGGCGCGCGAGCUGCUGCUCGCGCCGUGGAUUUCGAGGAAUGCGUGCAAGUUCUUGACGAUCCAGGCCAGCCGUCGCCGCCCCCGCUGCCGCUGCGUCUCUCCUCGAAGGCGGAUAUCAGGAGGUCUCUCUCCAGGACUUCAAGGUCUUUCAGCUCUCGGAUUAACUCCUUCUACAAGGAUCAAGAGGUAAGGAGAGUGAUUCUUUCUUCUGUUAGGCGAUUUCUCGCGUGGUUUCUUCUCUUUUUUGCUCAGAUUUUUGGCUGCCGGGAGACACUAUGGCUGGCUUAUCAGACCCUCGGUGUGGUCUAUGGCGACUUGGGGACGUCUCCGCUCUACGUGUAUCCCACAGCGCAGAUAGAUUCGCGAAAUGAGCGAGAGUACCUCGGGGUUUUGAGCGUCAUCUUUUGGACGCUCACGCUCAUCGGUGUUGUCAAGUACGUGCUCAUCGUGCUCCAUGCCAAUGAUCAUGGCGAAGGUGGAACUUUUGCGCUCUAUUCUUUGCUGUGCCGCCACGCAAACGUUGGACGGCAUGCUGGAAAACACUAUGGAAGGCUGGAGUCGGACUCCGAGUUCUCGUAUUUCGGAGAUGCCGAGCGUGUCAGGGUGCACACGAGAGCAAAGAUGGUCCUGGAGAAGAGCGAGAUUGCCCAGAAGAUUUUGCUCGUUUGCGUGACUUUUGGAACUUGCAUGGUCAUAGGAGAUGGUGUUUUGACUCCAGCAAUCUCAGUUCUUUCAUCUAUUGGUGGACUUCGCUCUCAAGUCCCCGCAAUCAGCCAAACGGUGGUGAUCGCCAUCUCCUGUGUGAUUAUCUCGGCACUAUUUCUCUUGCAAAGCAUUGGCACGCAUAGAGUGAGUUGUAUCUUCUCGCCGAUCAUGGCUACGUGGUUCGCUUCUACGACUGUCAUAGGCAUCUACAACAUCAUGAAUUACUACCCGACGGUUCUAAAGGCCUUGUCUCCGCACUAUGCCAUCCGCUUUUUUGUCAGAAACAAGAGGCAUGGAUGGGAGAUGCUCAAUUCAAUAGUCCUCUGUAUCACAGGAGCCGAAGCGAUGUUUGCCGACUUGGGCCACUUCAACAUAAAAGCCAUUCAAAUCGCCUUCAUAGCCGUCGUAUACCCCUCUCUUAUCAUCACAUACGCUGGAGAGACGGCCUUUCUGAUCAAACACCCAGAACAUCGCAUCGACGCUUUCUUUAAGUCAGUUCCCAGUCCGGUGUUCUGGCCUGUCUUUGUAGUCGCGACUCUGGCAGCGAUAGUUGCUAGCCAGGCGCUUAUCACAGCGACAUUCUCCGUUCUCAAGCAGUCGGUGUCUUUCGGCUGCUUUCCGAGGAUCAAGCUGGUCCAUACUUCAGCCAGCCAAGAGGGUCAGAUCUACUCCCCCGAAGUGAACUAUCUGCUGCUGGGACUUUGCUUGGCAGUCGUGAUCGGCUUCCAGGACAGUGAUGGGAUUGGAAACGCAUACGGAGUUGCCGUGAUCUGGGUGAUGCUCAUCACGACCGCACUCGUAGCCGUGGUCAUGCUCGUCGUGUGGACAACAUCGGUGCUGUGGAUCAUCCUCUUCUUGAUCGUUUUCGGGGCAGUCGAGGUGAUCUACCUGUCAUCCACUGCGGAGAAGCUGGCCAAGGGAGGCUGGGUUCCCUUCGCCAUCUCGUCCUUCUUCGUGGUGGUGAGCCUCAGCUGGAACUACGGCAGGCGCAUGAAGUACGAGUUCGAGGCCAAGAACAGGAUCAGCUCGCACGACUUCAAGAACUUGUGCUCGAGCUUGGAAGUCACACGAGUUCCCGGCCUCUGCCUCUUCUACAGCAACCUCAUCCACGGCGGAGGCCUCCCUCCGCUCAUGGGACACUACAUGCGAGCGGUGGGAUCCUUGCACGAGGUGGUCAUCUUCCUCACCAUCCGGGUGGUGCCCGUCAAGACGGUGCUGGAGAGCGAGAGGCUGUUCGUCGCGCGUGGCAGUGGCGUCAAGGGACUCUACCGCUGCGUUGCUCGCUACGGCUACCUGGAUCACGUCGACAUGGUGAAAGAGGAGUUCGUGGAUCAAGUGAUCGCCAGCUUGGUGGACCUCAUUCGAUCGGAGUACGAGGAGAAGUCCAAGGAGCUGGAGGGGAGGAGCAGCGGUGAGGCGGCGGCGGCGCAUUGCGUGAUGGAGUGCGCGGCUGAGAUGGAGAUGGUGGAGCUGGAUGUUGCGAGGCGGAGGGGCGCUGUUCACGUCGUGGGUCACAGCAUUCUCCACACGGGCAGCCGCAGCUGGUUUAAGAGGAUGGUCGUGAACAAGAUCUAUCGCUUCCUCCAUAGCUCCUGCCGCUCGGCCGUGUCCACCUUUCGCAUCCCAUCGUCGCGCCUUCUCGAGCUCUCCAUGGUCUAUGAAACUUGAAAUAAGUGCCAUCCUUGAGUGCUCUACCAAGAUUUUUUUUGCUUGGGACGAUCACAAGAAGACCAGAUUAAGGAAUUUCGAGUUCUUGUGUCACAACUAAGAAUAAAUUGAUUG